GGGGUGGGACAACGGAGCAAGAUGGCAGCGCCCAUGGAGGUGGCCGUGUGUACGGACACGGCAGCGCAGCUGUGGAGUUGUGUUGUGUGGGAGCUGCACUCGGGUGCCAACCUGCUCACCUACCGCGGCGGCCAGGCUGGGCCUCGGGGCCUGGCUCUGCUCAACGACGAGUACCUGCUGGCGGCGCAACUGGGCAAGAACUACAUCAGCGCCUGGGAGCUGCAGCGAAAGGACCAGCUCCAGCAGAAGAUCAUGUGUCCCGGACCUGUCACUUGUCUGACUACGGCACCCAAUGGCCUCUAUGUCUUGGCAGGAAUAGCAGAAAGUAUAUACCUGUGGGAGGUCUCCACUGGGAAUCUCCUGGUCAUUCUGAGCCGUCACUACCAGGAUGUUUCAUGCCUGAAGUUCACGGGUGACAGCAGCCACUUCAUCUCGGGGGGCAAGGACUGCCUGGUGCUGGCCUGGAGCCUCUGCAGUGUGCUGCAGAUGGACCCCUCCAGGAUCCUGGCCCCCCGUCAUGUCUGGUCUCGCCACACGCUCCCCAUCACAGACCUGCACUGCGGCUUCGGGGGCCCCCUGGCCCGGGUAGCCACUGCUUCGCUGGACCAGACAGUGAAGCUGUGGGAGAUCUCCUCUGGCGAGCUGUUGCUCUCUGUUCUGUUUGAUGUGGGCAUCAUGGCUGUGACCAUGGACCUGGCCGAGCACCACAUGUUCUGCGGUGGCAGCGAUGGCUCCGUCUUCCAGGUGGACCUCUUCUCCUGGCCUGGACAGAAGGAACGGAACUUCCAGCCAGAUCAGGACGUGGGGAAGGUCUUCAGAGGGCACAGGAACCAGGUGACAUGCUUGUCGGUGUCCACAGACGGCAGUGUGCUGCUCUCGGGCUCCCAUGAUGAGACUGUGAGGCUCUGGGACGUGCAGAGCAAGCAGUGUAUCCGCACUGUGACCCUCAAAGGCCCAGUGACCAACGCGACCAUCAUGCUGGCACCAGUUAGCAUGCUGAGCUCUGACUUCCGGCCCAGCCUGCCACUGCCUCACUUCAACAAGCACUUGCUGGGUGCUGAGCAUGGGGAUGAAUCACGCCACGGGGGCCUCACACUGCGCCUGGGGCUCCACCAACAGGGCUCAGAGCCCAGCUAUCAGGAGCGGCUGGAGCAGCUACAGGCUGUGAUAUGCAACACCAUGGAGAAGAAUGUGCUGGGUGGCCAGGACCAGCUGCGGGUACGUGUGACAGAGCUGGAAGAUGAAGUCUGCAACCUGCGCAAGAUUAACCGUGACCUCUUUGACUUUUCUACACGUAUCAUCACACGUCGGGCCAAGUGAGCAUGAGCAGAGUAACCCACGUUGGACCCUGAGGGGACACUCCUGCUCAGAUGUGGCUGCAAGCCCCAAGCCCACCUGCAGCCCCAGCUACCACAGGAGUGUAGACAAACCUCCCAGAGACCAAAGCCUGUGGACUUGGCCGCCAACGCGCUGCAGAGCCUGGCUUUGCCAAUUUUGUGUCUUGUUCCGAUUUUUUUUACUUCUUGUCUUUAGGCCGUUUUGGUCGCUAAUGUACCAUUGGUGCUGUUCUGUUUUUAACAAAAACUGGACAAAAAAGCCCCUCAUCUUCAGCUAUGAGUGUCCCCACCUGGCCCAGUGGCUGAGUUCAGCCCUAGAAACCUUUGUGUAGUGGUAGAGGCCUCCUCAAAGUUGCUAUCCAAAGGCCAGGUUUACAGGUAGGUCUCAAGCUGACCAAGGCCACUGGGCCUUUGUGCAGUGGCCCAGGCUCUCCCCCUGAUGGGCUUCAUGAAGGCUUCUCUUGCCCUGUGCAGAGCAGCAUGGAAGCAGGUUUGAGCUGGGAGCCAGAGCAGUUGGAGCUGGGGGUCUAGUCAAGAGGGAUGCUGUCACAUAGGGGAAUAUCAGGAUAGAGUUGGGUGCUAGGGUGGGGGGUGUCCUGAGCCAUGUCCAGCUCAUUCUCCUGUGGGGACCAGGUGCAGCUGGCCAUUUGACCCUUUUUUGGGAGCUAACUACAGGGACAGCUGCCGAGGAGCCCUGGGCUCAGUACCAAGUAGCAGGGCUCCCCUGUGACCCUGACACCUCUGCUGGGGGGGCACCUGAUCCUCUGGUACCUGGGCAGAGAGGUCUGUCACUACCUGUUCCCUUGGAAAACUGAAGGUGCCCAGAGAGCUCCACCUGCAGCUGGGAGAUGCCCCAAGCCUCCCAAGGGCAGGGGUGGCCUCAGAGCCAUGGGACCAGGAGGGAUCUCAGAGAUGUGGUCAUGCUGGCACCUUUCAACAGUGUCUAGAGGGUCCUAUCCAGCCAGGUUCAGGGCACCAGGGUCCCCAUGAACCACCAUCACCUGACAAGACACCAAGGACCUAAGGAAGUCUCUCUCCGCAUCCCUCCCCCAACCCAAUUCUGGGGAACCUGCCAGCUGGUGCCUGGAGCCCAACCCAGAUGUCCUCAGAACCUUCCAGAAAACUCCCCCGACAACUGACAGCCCUGCUUAGUGAUCCUGAAAAUCUCUGUGACUUAGUGAGUGCCAAUAGAACGCAGUGCAAGUCAGCGCCAGCACUGAUUUCAUGCUUUUAGACAAAUACGCACCCAGCUCCUGUCCCUGGCUCUGUCCUCACUGCUGGAGGUUAGCCAUGUCCUCCUUAGCCACCCACGCUCACCCCGCCUGGUGACUUGUCCCUCUACAGGGAGAGUCCUUCAUGGGGGCAGCAUCACAAGCCACUCCUGCAUGUGGCUGGUCCAAGGCCUGCAGCCACCAGGCUUACUGAGCUGGGGGUUCUGGAAUAGGACCCAACUCAGUGUUCAGUUUCUCCACCUAUAGGCUGGACCCAGUCUAUCCUCAUCUCACCCUCCAGGGCUGGUGACUGCAGGGCAGCAGGACACACUGCACCUCGCUCACUCUAAGCCCUGAGACCCCAGGCCUCCACCUGGACCCUAGCCCCCAUCCCUGCCUAGGUAUGCUGGUCCAUGGUAAAUGUGAAGUCAGUUCUGUCUGGAACCAGCAAGUCGGGUUGAGGCAGCUGACCGCCUCAGUCUGGAUGUUCCUUCUGCCCCCUUCCCCCGAAGUGGUCCCACAGCCAAAGACCCUAGCAUUGCUCAGACCCCUGCCACCCACAUCUGCUUCAGGCCUGGAAGUCCAUUUCAGUGUGUCCUCCUCCCCCAUGACUGAAGUGAGGGUGGUGGGGGUCCCCAACCCCUAUAUUGGCCACUGGGCUCUGACUCAGGCCUGGGAACUCAGCUGUAGACAGGUGGCCCACCCAGGACACGCGCUGCCUCUGCACAGCAGUAGCAGCAAGAGUAGCAUUAAUAGCAAUAGGCAGAAAGGUCUGUGGUCACACAGGCCAUAGACCAGACAAGGGCAGUUGGGAUGAAGGGCAGAUCCAUCUCUGGGCAGCUGAGCCUAGACCCCAAAUGACUCCAGUCCUUAGGCAAGCACACGGUGGGUGAAAUUCCAUUUCUGCAUCUGCAGAAGAGGGAUGUCCCCUGGUAGACCUGCAGGGAGCCUUCAGGAGCCCAGCAGUGUGUGGAGGAGCAGAGGUAUGGCAGGAGCAAGGUAGGUGUUUAUGGGGGUGCCACAGGUGUGGAGCAGGGAUGUGGCAGGUGCACACACCUAAGAAGCCUUCUGUUCCCCUCUACAUGCAUCUUUCACACUGGGCCCUUGGAUGUAGUCCCUCUUCUGUGCUUCUACCGGUGACACUGGGGGACCACUUUGCCUGGAGUGGCAAAAAAGAACAGUUCUUGGGUUUCAUCUCAGCUCAUAAUUUAUGGACUGAGUGAGAUCCAAACAAUGGAAACUCCUGUCCCCAACCCCCUGGAGAGGCUGGCUACACAACCAGGAACUCGUGGGCACCCACAGCCCACAUGGGAGCAGGCAUGGGAGGAUGGUUAGUGGGAACUGGUGAGCUUGAUGAGGACUGUGCUGACCUCAGCCACCAUCCCUGGGAGCACCCUGGUCAGCUGGUUGUCUAGGGGUCUCCAUGCAGACCACAGUGAGGGACAACUCAUCCAAGGACAGCUCUUACCCAAAAGCAAAAGUUGUCAAGGAUACGGAGAAAUUGGCAUCCUUGUGUGCUGCUGGGGCAUCUAUUGUGGGAAACAAUUUCGGGACUCCUCAAGAAAUUAAGCAUAGUCCAGAUGCUGGUGGCUCAUGCCUAUAAUCCUAGCUACUCAGGAGAUACAGAUCAGGAGGAUCAUAGUUUGAGGCUAGCA